GCCGCGCUCGCCGCCACCGACCACAAGACCUGCGCCCUCAUACACACACGGCUCAAGCUGGGUGACAUCAUGUUGGCGGCAGCGCAGGAGGCGGCGGGCGCGCAGGCUCGUGCGGCGCCAGCUGAUACCAUGGGCGGCGCGCAUCAGCCCGCUACUCCGGGGCCCAGCUCGCUCUUCAUAUUCUCCGACGAAAAUCCCAUACGGAGGUAUACGAAGUUCAUCAUCGAGUGGCCGCCCUUCGAGUACGCGGUGCUGCUGACCAUCAUCGCCAACUGCGUGGUGCUGGCGCUGGAGGAGCAUCUGCCCAACGGCGAUAAGACCAUCUUAGCACAGAACUUGGAAAAGACCGAGGCGUACUUUUUAGGAAUAUUUUGUGUAGAAGCCUCGUUAAAAAUAUUAGCCUUAGGUUUUGUUUUACACAGGGGAUCGUAUCUUAGGAACGUUUGGAACAUUAUGGAUUUUUUCGUUGUAGUAACUGGCAUCAUCACGCAGCUGCCGGUCGCGCCCGACGUCGACUUCAGGACCUUGCGUGCCAUUAGGGUGCUGAGGCCCCUUAAAUUAGUUUCGGGCGUUCCUAGUCUGCAAGUUGUGUUGAAGUCAAUCAUCAAGGCGAUGGCGCCGUUGCUACAGAUCGGCCUCUUGGUGCUUUUUGCAAUCGUUAUAUUCGCCAUCAUCGGCCUCGAAUUUUAUUCCGGGGCGCUGCAUAAGACUUGUUAUAGUUUAGAAGAUAUUAAUGAAAUAGUGAAUGAAGGUGAGAGUCCAACGCCGUGUAAUGCUGAUAACGAAACAGUGGCGCCCCCUGGGGCCAACGUGUGCGAGGCAGACAAGAGCACGUGUUUGGAAAAGUGGGAGGGGCCCAAUCGGGGCAUUACGUCGUUCGAUAACAUCGGCUUCGCUAUGCUCACCGUCUUCCAAUGCAUUACAAUGGAGGGAUGGACAUCAAUCCUAUAUUGGACAAACGAUGCGUUAGGUAGUAUGUUCAACUGGAUUUACUUUGUUCCUCUCAUAGUAUUGGGUUCAUUUUUUAUGCUCAACUUAGUUCUCGGUGUUCUUAGCGGUGAAUUCGCUAAAGAAAGAGAGAAAGUAGAAAAUAGACAAGAAUUUCUUAAAUUAAGAAGACAGCAGCAAUUAGAGAGAGAACUCAAUGGUUAUGUUGAGUGGAUAUGUAAAGCAGAGGAAGUCAUAUUAGCAGAAGAAAGAACUACAGAAGAAGAAAAAAUGCACAUAAUAGAAGCUCGGAGAAGAGCAGCAGCGAAAAAAAAGUUAAAAAAUCUUGGUAAAAGUAAGAGUACAGAUACAGAAGAAGAGGAACAGGAUGAAGACUGUGGUGAUGACGGGUUUCUGAAAAGCAAAUCUCGUUCAGCCGGCAAAUGUGCAGACUUUUGGCGGGCUGAGAAGAGGUUUCGUUUUUGGAUCAGGCAUACCGUGAAGACCCAGUGGUUCUAUUGGUUCGUCAUUGUCCUGGUACUCUUCAAUACCAUAUGCGUUGCCGUCGAACAUUACGGCCAACCGCCUUGGUUAACUUCGUUUUUAUACUAUGCCGAAUUUGUGUUCCUUGGGCUAUUUAUGAUGGAGAUGUGGGUAAAAAUGUAUGCCUUAGGCCCACGGAUAUAUUUCGAAUCAUCGUUUAAUCGUUUUGAUUGUGUUGUCAUAUCCGGUUCCAUUUUUGAAGUGGUAUGGUCAGAAGUCAAAGGUGGUUCUUUUGGUCUCUCCGUACUUAGAGCGCUAAGAUUGUUAAGAAUAUUUAAGGUUACAAAAUAUUGGUCGUCCCUACGGAACCUUGUGAUAUCGCUAUUGAAUUCCAUGAGAUCAAUCAUUUCAUUGCUCUUCCUUCUGUUCUUGUUUAUACUUAUCUUUGCUCUACUCGGUAUGCAAUUAUUCGGAGGACAAUUCAACUUCGAAGAUGGCACACCGCCGACCAAUUUCAACACUUUUCCUAUCGCACUGCUUACAGUAUUCCAGAUUUUAACAGGUGAAGAUUGGAAUGAAGUAAUGUACUACGGCAUUCAAUCACAGGGAGGCAUACAGAAAGGCAUGAUUUAUUCUUUGUACUUCGUCAUCUUGGUAUUGUUCGGCAACUACACAUUGUUGAACGUGUUUCUCGCCAUCGCCGUUGACAAUCUGGCUAACGCUCAGGAGUUAACGGCAGCUGAAGAGGAACAAGUUGAAGAGGACAAAGAGAAACAGCUUCAAGAAUUGGAGAAAGAGAUGGGUGCAUUACACGCGGUGGAUGGAACCCCACCUCGGGUAGACAUAAGUCCCACUACAACUACAAGUAGGAAGAAUAAAAAGAAAGAAGAGGCCAAAAAGGAAGAAGAAGAGAUACCAGAUGGACCAAAACCAAUGCUGCCAUAUUCGUCAAUGUUUAUUUUAUCACCCACCAAUCCAAUUAGGCGAGGCGCACACUGGGUUGUAAAUUUAAGAUAUUUUGAUGUUUUUAUCAUGUUAGUUAUAUGUAUGAGUUCAAUGGCUUUAGCGGCUGAAGAUCCCGUAGUUGAAGAAAGUGAAAGAAAUAAAAUCUUGAACUACUUUGACUACGCGUUCACUGGUGUGUUCACGGUGGAGAUGUUGCUGAAGAUAGUCGACCUCGGCAUCCUGUUCCAUCCGGGCGCGUAUUUACGCGAUCUAUGGAACAUCAUGGAUGCCGCGGUCGUCAUCUGCGCUCUUGUCAGCUUCGGUUUUGAAAUCGGGGGUGUGAAAAAAGGGGCAGGACAGAAUUUGUCAACAAUUAAAUCGUUAAGAGUGUUAAGAGUGCUUAGACCGUUGAAGACUAUAAAACGUGUUCCAAAGUUAAAAGCAGUGUUUGACUGUGUCGUGAACUCUUUGAAAAAUGUCAUUAACAUUCUAAUAGUGUACAUAUUGUUUCAAUUUAUAUUCGCUGUAAUCGCAGUUCAACUUUUUAAUGGUAAAUUUUUUAACUGCAACGAUAUAAGUAAGAAUACUCUUCAAGACUGCCAAGGAUCGUAUUUCGUCUAUGAGGCGAACAGCCUUCUCCCGCGCGUAGUGAAGCGGAAGUGGGACACGCAAUCCUUCCAUUACGACAACGUAGCAACUGCGAUGCUUACGCUUUUCGCCGUACAAACUGGAGAAGGAUGGCCACAAGUGUUGCAAAACUCAAUGGCGGCAACGUAUGAAGACAGGGGACCCAUACAAAAUUUUCGUAUAGAAAUGUCCAUAUUUUAUAUUGUUUACUUUGUGGUGUUUCCGUUCUUCUUUGUUAAUAUAUUCGUAGCUCUUAUAAUUAUCACAUUUCAAGAGCAGGGCGAAGCCGAAUUACAAGAUGGUGAAAUCGAUAAAAACCAGAAAUCUUGUAUCGAUUUCACGAUAGAAGCACGACCGCUUGAAAGGUAUAUGCCAAGUAAACGAGGAAGUUUUAAGUACAAAGUGUGGAGAAUAGUUGUCUCUACGCCAUUCGAGUACUUCAUCAUGACUCUCAUCGUCCUUAACACAUUAUUACUCAUGAUGAAGUUUCACGAGGCUCCACCAGUACUCAUGGACACGUUAACAUUCAUGAACAUCGUCUUUACGUUCUUCUUCCUACUCGAGACCGUUUUGAAGCUCAUUGCCUUCGGAUGUACGAAUUUUUUCAAAGACCCAUGGAAUAUUUUUGAUUUCAUAACGGUCAUUGGAAGCAUCAUUGACGCUCUUAUAAUGGAGUUUGGCGAGAAUACUUUCAACGUCGGAUUCCUCCGCCUGUUUCGAGCCGCGCGACUGAUCAAGCUGCUCCGACAGGGCUACACCAUUCGGAUACUACUGUGGACGUUCGUGCAGAGUUUUAAAGCCUUACCCUACGUGUGCCUUCUCAUCGCGAUGCUUUUCUUCAUAUAUGCUAUUAUUGGAAUGCAGGUGUUCGGUAACAUAGAAAAUGCACCGGAAACAGCUAUGAAUAGACAUAACAACUUUCAAAGUUUUAUACAGGCCCUUAUGUUAUUGUUCAGAUGUGCGACGGGAGAGUCAUGGCCCAAUAUUAUGUUAGAUUGUUUGAAGCCUGCCAAAUGUGAUGAAAAAGCCGGCAAACCACCACAGGAGGAGUGUGGCAGCACUCUCGCCUACGCCUAUUUUGUUUCUUUUAUAUUCUUCUGUUCUUUUCUUAUGUUAAAUUUGUUCGUUGCUGUUAUUAUGGAUAAUUUUGAUUAUUUAACAAGAGAUUCAUCUAUAUUAGGAGCUCAUCAUCUUGAUGAAUUUGUUAGAAUAUGGGCUGAAUACGACCCAAACGCCACAGGGAAGAUCCAUUACACAGAAAUGUAUGAUAUGCUGAAGAAUAUGGAUCCGCCCUUGGGGUUUGGUAACAAAUGUCCAAAUAGGUUAGCAUAUAAAAAAUUAAUACGAAUGAAUAUGCCGCUAGAUGAAGAGGGGAAAGUGAAUUUUACAACAACGCUUUUUGCCUUAAUAAGAGAAAAUCUUAAUAUUAAAAUGAGAUCUGCUGAAGAAAUGGAUCAAGCGGACCAGGAAUUAAGACAGACGAUAACACAGAUUUGGCCUCUCCAAGCGAAGAAGAUGUUAGAUUUGCUGGUGCCUCGCAACGAUGUUCUAAACGCUGGGAAACUGACUGUGGGGAAGAUCUACGCUGGUUUGCUAAUUCUAGAGAGCUGGAGGUCAACUAGGUUUGGUCAGACAGAGCCUCAAGGUGUUCCGAAGGCGUCCUUCUUUAACUGCCUGCUGGACGUGGCCGCGGGACUGGGACCGGGAUCGCGUACAGGCUCCCUUAGUCAAGAAGGACCCCUCAUUACCACUGCAGAGAGCCAUCCAGAAGAUCCUCAUACUUUAGCUAACUUCGCAAGGCGCAGCACCAGAAGAUCUUUCAAGAACAAUAAAAAGGUGUUGGAACUACAAGAUGUUGGUUCGCAUCAUGCGUCUAUGGAAUCAUUAGACGAAGCGAGGUUACACCCGCCACACGCUUACCAAAACGGACACCAUGGGAGAUCGUCAAGUUUGAGUGACAUCCACACUAUGACCCGGGUGAAAAUUAUCGUAUCAAGGCACGGACGGACUCCGAGCCCACGGAGACGUGGCCAUUAUGGAGGCUAUCAUCACGAUAUCGGUUUCUCCGACACUGUAAAUAACGUCGUCGAGAUUGUGAAACACGAGCAUCAGAGGCACGGCCGGACGCAUCGACCGCCGCACCACUAUCAUCCUCAUGGGAAGGAGUGGAGGCCGCCGCAUCCUACGACCAGCCUGAGCCUGCCCUCGCGGUCUCCCAGCCCGCCACACCACACCUACGUUUGGGCAUCCAUAGGUGGAGAUCGGGAGCGGGAUCGAGAGCGGGAGCGGGAGCGGGAGUGGCGCGAGUGGCGCGAGCGGUCGUGGGAGCGUGAGGGCACGCGCCGAGGCCGCGGCCGCCAGCUGCCUCCCACGCCCACCAAGCCGUCCACGCUGCAAGUCAAACAGCAACCGUUCACAAGAAUCAGCCACAGCCCUUCUCACUUAUCGUUAAGGCAUACAGUCAGAGAACCUGUAGAGCCUAUACAUGAUGAGUAUGAGUAUGGCAGAGAAGUUGAAAGACUGAUACACCGAGAUUAUAGAUCUAGGGAAAGACGUGGCAGGGGUUACGACUCGGAGCGCGGGAGAGUGUACGAAGCACCACUGUCGUACGAAGCAGCGCUCGCGAUGGGUCGCGGCGCGGGGCCGCGGGCGCUGCCAUCGCCGGUGCCGGCGCCGCGGUUGCCCAACGGGUACAAGCCGCGAGCGCGCCACUCAGACUCGGACGAGGAUGACUGGUGCUAGCAGCGCGGCCGCGCGCGCUCCCAGCGGGACGUGCGCGCGGCGCGGGCACGGCUCGCCGAAGCGGCGCCGCACGCACACACCUUCUGAAGCGUCGCGCUCGCCGCACCGCCGGACUCUCUCCCCCCUCCCCGCUCCCGCCCGGCUCCUCUAUUGCCAGGACGAUCUCGUCUGUAUCCGGCAAACGUGUGAACAUUUGUACUAUAGACGACUCUCGUUGCUCAGGAGUUUGGACGUCUCUACUGGACCGCCGGCGCCGUGUAUCCAUGAGCUAAAUCCAAAUUCUAGUAUUUACAAAGUUUUGGAAAAUUUAAUUUUUAAUUCGCUAAAAUUUUACUCUUUAAUUUAUAUUACGGUUAAGGUAAUCGUUGUAUAAUACAGUGCCAGGCAACUCGGUUUGCGCUAGGAUUUUUACAUAAAAUGAAAUUAUUAGUCUGUAUUGUAAAAGUAAACUUUCUAUAUUAAAUUUGCACUAUAUAAAUCUACAUUAUAUAUCGCCUGCCGAAACGCCCGGCUCGGGGCCCGGGGCGUGCGAGCCGCCGGGCUCCGCCCCCGUCGUUUCGCCUUCGAGUUAGACGUUGGAGGAACACUAGUAAUUCAUCGUCGAACAAUUUACCACUAGUGUUGUAUAAAAUAUUUACAUAGCAAAUAAUUUUUACUUAGUUAACAUUAUAUUAAAAUAAAUAAAUAAACAUUUUUUAUUGAAUUUGCUGUCCUUCCCCCGAGUGCUUUAUAUCUACGUUGUUUAAAUUUAAAAACAAUUAAACUAAAUAUUAUGGAUUAUAUGUAAACUUCGAAAAUAUAUUUCAACAUUAAAUUACAUAUUAAGUAAAUUGUUAAAUCGUGUGUAGGCCAAUCAAUAGGCAGGUUUUAUUUUGUUACAUUUGGUGGUUAAGUUUAUAUAGAUGAAAUGUAAUGUUUUCUGUUACAAAACCUAUUAUAUUAUUUAUCACUAUUUACUCAGCACACUUCACCAAGUAAAUGAUCUUAUAAUUAUUUUAAAAUAUAGAACUACAUUUAAAAUAAAACUCGGCAAAACCAAAUGUGACAAAAAUCUGUUAAAGUCGCUAAUUGUUUGUUCAAUAUUUAUAGAAAUAAGAAAGAUUUUGUAGCCUGGUCGAUAUUGACUGGUUGAUAUUAUUCUCAAAAUCUAUUAAAUUCUGUCCAUUUAACAUAUUUUAUUGCAACAAAUACUGUUUCGUUUUCAUAUCUCUUGUUAAGAUUUAAAAAAAAAAUAAAUCAUGUAUGUCUUUAAAAUAAUAUUUAAACAAAUAAUCGCCAGGCACAAAAUCUAAAUGUAUCAAAUUUGUUAACAGCUUCUAAAGUUUUCUUAUUUAAAUCUCCCAAUAAAGUGAAUUAAUUCUCAAUGCAGUUAUGGUUUAGAUAUCGGUUAUAACGACUCAAUACGUCAAAGUAAAUCGCUAUAUUUAUUUCAA